ACCGUGGUUCGCACCCUCACGCCAAUCUAUUGGCCGAAUACCGAUCUCCCGCCUCGCCGAGGCGCUGGAACGUUUUGUUUAAGCACAGGCCGCCUCAUCUAACCACCAGGCGGCGCACGUUGAAGUGUUUCCAUCAUGGCGGCCACUCUUCCUGUAGAUAUGGAGCUGAAAAAAGCUUUCAAAGAGUUACAACAGAAAAUGAUAGAAACUAGUCAGAAAUUAAAAAUGGCAGAUCUACAAAUAGAGAAUUUAAAUCGUAACAUACAACAUUCUAAACUGACUAAUACUGAAAUAUCUAGUAUGCCAGAAAAUACAAGAAUGUAUUUAGGCAUAGGAAGAAUGUUUCUUUUGACGGAUAAAGAUAAUAUCAAAGAUGGUUUAGUGAAGAAGGUUAAAACAUCAGAAGAUAAAAUUAAAAAUUUACAGAAUAACAAAGUUUAUUUGGAAAGAAGUUUAAAGGAAAGUGAAAACAAUUUAAGGGAAAUGGUACUACAGAAAAAGAAAGGACAAUAGUAUCUCUUAAUGUUGGUCUCAGUUAAAACUGUAUGUUGGUUUGUUAUAUGUUUCCAUCUCUAUUACUUUAACUCGUUCAAGAACCCAUUUGUUAUGUGAAGAUGUUUUUCUGCUCAUGUUACGGCAAACCAUUCACAUUCAAAAGCAUUUAUUUGACUGCAAAAAUCUCCAUCAGAAGUUCGCUAAGCAGGAUUAGUUCUUUUGGAUGUGAGAAAAUUAGGUUUUUAUAUUUAUGAUGAUGAUAAAAUUAACAUAUUAACAUUAAAAAAGUUUUGUAUACAAAAUAAAUCUAUGAAUAAAUCUUUCACGAACUA